AAGAGAUCAUGCUUGUGGAAUACAAUAUAGCGAUGCCUUGUGUGCACUACCUAUCAUCAGGAAUCACUGGUCGACUGAUCCCAAUGCCUUGGUUCUCGGCAGCGAUGAUAGUUGUGAUACUGACAGCAAGUUUGGAGCUUGGAGUGGUCCAGAGCAGCACCGUGGUGGGAUACUACUCACACUCUUGCCCGGCGGCCGAGAAGAUUGUGAGCCAGGUUGUGGCGGAGCAAUUCGCAACCAGGCCGCUCGUCGCUGCCGGUAUACUUCGACUCUACUUCCACGACUGCUUCGUAGAGGGAUGCGAUGGAUCCAUUCUUCUCGACGCAUCGCCCGACGGCACACCGCCUGAGAAGCGGAGCCUGGCAAACAAUAACACAGCCACUGGAUUCGAGCUCGUCGACGCGGCCAAGAGACGCAUCGAGGCGGUCUGUCCGGGCACCGUGUCGUGCGCAGACAUUCUCGCUCUGGCCGCCAGAGACUCCGUCGCAAUAUCGGGGGGACCUCGCUGGGAGGAGCCAACUGGACGCUACGAUGGAAGGGUGUCUCUGGCGUCCAAUGCUGAUGGCAGCAUUCCCGGGCCUUCCUUCAACCUCACUCGCCUCAUCCAUUCCUUCGCAAACAAGACACUCGAUUCCAGGGACCUUGUUACACUCUCGGGAGGCCACACGAUCGGUCGAUCCCAUUGCGCCAACUUCCAAAUCCGUCUCUACAAUUCCUCUGGCACCGGGCUACCGGACCCGGCGUUGAAUCCCGCCUACGCCACUGCUUUGAGACGGAUCUGCCCAAACACUUCUCCGGCCAGGCGCGCGACACUGUCUCUAGACAGAGGCAGCGAGAUCCCCUUCGACAACUCCUACUUUGUGCAGCUCCUGGCUGGCAACGGGCUUCUCAGGAGCGACGAGGAGCUGCUGCUGGAUGGAUCCAUGCGGGGCCUCAUCAGUGCUUUCGCCGCAAACCAGCGACUAUUUUUCCGCGAGUUCGCCAAGGCUAUGGUGAAGUUGGGAGGGAUUGGUGUCAAGGAUUCCAUCCAGGGCGAGAUCAGGCUGCAUUGCCGGCGCGUGAAUAGAAGAAACUCCGGAUCAUCCCCGCGAGUUCCCACGCCACCACCUCCAAUAAUGCGCUCCAGAGCUCCGCCACCUCCGUACUAGUAUAAAGCCUGGUCUGCUAAUACAUUUUUAAGAAAAGUGGCGAUUCUCUCUAAAA